AACUAUACAGCCCCUGGAGAGAGACGAGGAGAGUAUGCGUUGGAAUCCCACCUACCUGAGGAUUGCUAGUAUAUGCUUCAAUCUUCAAUCCCAAACCCCCUUUAAAAACAGAAAGAAAACCCACUACUCUUCACACAGCACAGAAAAUAGGAGAGAGAAAACAAAACCAGAAAAAGAGAAGACCUCUGAAUCAUACAACAAUGGUGACCCAAUUUCUAUCUUCAUUCAAAUACUCCGACAGUUUAACAGUCGUCGGAAUCUCAAUUUGCACCGCAAUAAUCUGCGAAGCAAUCUCUUACCUCCUAAUCUACCGUACCAAUUCCUACAAAUCCCUCAAAUCCGCCAUUGAUAAAUCCUCCAAAAAGCUCGAAACCAUGAAAACCCAAGAUUCAAUCUCAAAGAACAAAACCAAGAAGAAAGAUCGAGUCGAAACAAGUCUCAAAGACGCAAGCCGAGAUCUCUCGCUAUUCAAAUUCAAAUCUGGUGCUGUUGUUGCGCUUGUAUUGUUCAUGGUUUUUGGAUUACUCAAUUCGUUGUUCGACGGUAAAACAGUCGCUAAAAUUCCAUUCGUUCCGAUCAAACUUGUUCAGAAGAUGAGUCAUAGGAAUUUGCCUGGUGAUGAUAUGACGGAUUGUUCAAUGGCGUUUUUGUACCUGCUUUGUUCGGUUAGUAUUCGUACUAAUUUGCAGAAGUUUCUAGGGUUUUCGCCUCCUCGUGGUGCUCCUAGUAUGGGGCUUUUCCCUAUGCCUGAUCAAAAAACUAGUUAGGAUUUUUGUUCUUAUUAGUUUCUGAUUUUAAUCUGCUGUAACAUUAUAUUUCUAAAUUUGUGGUUUAAUCUAUUGAACUGAUUUAAUUAUCAGAAUUAGCUGUUUUUGGUUGAUCAAUCAAAGAUUCAAUGAAUUCUGGUAAUUUAAUUGA